UUUCUCUAAAUCCCUCUUCUGUUUGCUAAAUCUCACUGUCACUGCUAAAUUCAGAGCAGAUAGAGCCUGCGCAAUGGAAUAAAGUCCUCAAAAUUGAAAUGUGACAUUGCUCUCAACAUCUCCCAUCUCUCUGGAUUUCUUUUUGCCUCAUUAUUCCUGCUAACCAAUUCAUUUCCAGACUUUGCACUUCAGAAGCAAUGGGAAAAAUCAGCAGUCUUCCAACUCAAUUAUUUAAGUGCUGCUUUUGUGAUUUCUUGAAGGUAAAGAUGCACAUCAUGUCUUCCUCGCAUCUCUUCUACCUGGCCCUGUGCUUGCUCACCUUCACCAGCUCUGCCACAGCUGGACCGGAGACACUCUGUGGGGCUGAGUUGGUGGACGCUCUUCAGUUCGUGUGUGGAGACAGGGGUUUUUAUUUCAACAAGCCCACCGGGUAUGGCUCCAGCAGUCGGAGGGCACCUCAGACAGGCAUCGUGGAUGAGUGCUGCUUCCGGAGCUGUGAUCUGAGGAGGUUAGAGAUGUACUGCGCACCCCUCAAGCCUGCCAAGUCCGCCCGCUCAGUCCGUGCCCAGCGCCACACCGACAUGCCCAAGGCUCAGAAGUAUCGUCCCCCAUCUACCACCAAGAAAACGAAGUCUCAGAGGAGAAGGAAAGGAAGUACAUUUGAAGAACGCAAGUAGAGGGAGUGCAGGAAACAAGAACUACAGAAUGUAGGAAGACCUUCCUGAAUUGUGAAGAAUGGCAUGUCACCGGCAGGAUCGUUUGCUCUGUAGGAGUUACCUGAUAAACACCAGAAGACCCACCAAAAAAAAUAAGUUUGGUAACAUUUCAAAAGAUGGGCAUUCCCCCCCAAUGAAAUACGCAAGUAAACAUUCCAACAUCGUCUUUAGGAGUAAUUGUUAAAAGCUUUGCACCUUGCAAAAAUGGUCCUGGAGUUGGUAGAUUGCUGUUGAUCCUUUAUCAAUAAUGUUCUAUAGAGAAAAAUAUAUAUAUAUAUAAAUAUAUCUUAGUCCCUGCCUCUCAAGAGCCACAAAUGCAUGGGCGUUGUAUAGAUCCAGUUGCACUAAAUUUGUUUCUGAGUCUUGACUGCUGGAGCCAUUCAUUCAGCAGUCUUGUCUAAGUGGUUUAUUCUUUUUUUUUUUUUUUUAAUUUGCACUUCUUUCUACGCAACACAGGCCAUUUGUUUUACAGUGUCUGAUAAUCUUGUUUGUCUAUCACUACCCCUCCCCCACUUCAUCAUCUUUAUAUUUGCCAAAUUUGGCCUCCUCAAGAGCAGCAACAAGCAGUCAAGUAGCACACCCAAAAGAUUUUAACCCAAAAGUUCCAUCUGUGGCAUUUGUACCAAAUAUAAGUUGGUUGCAUUUAUUUUAGACACAAAGCUUUAUUUUUCCACAUCUUGCUAAAAAAAUGCAAGUAGUUGCAAUUUUGAGGCCAAUCAUUUUCAGGCAUGUGUUUUAAGCAUAGAAAGUCUCAAACUCCCAACAGUUCCUUCAAAUGAUGAGUUAGUGUGCAACCUGAUUAGUAACUUCUCUCUUUUUAUUUUUUCCAUAUAGAGCACUAUGUAAAUUUAGCAUAUCAAGAAUACAGGAUAUAUCACAAACAGUAUGUAAAACUCUGUUUUUUAGUACAAUGGUGCUAUUUUGUAGUUUGUUAUAUGAAAGAGUCUGGCCAAAACGGUAAAAGGUGAAAGCAAAACAAAAGAAACCUGGAGCCGAAGAUGACACAAAGGGGAAGGGUACUAAAAAUCCAUCCAUUUGGGAAAGAAGGCAAAAUUCCCCCAAUUAUGCCUUCCAAGAAAAACUUAAGACACAAAGUCCGCUAAUGUAAAUUUGAUUGGGGAGUCCAGAGAGGAGUGGAAAAAACAGAAGGCUAGGAAUUUAACAGUCCUGGCUUCUAUUUCUCACUGAAGUAACAAACAUCUGCUGACUCUGUCAUGGACUCACCACUGUGUGACUUGGGCAAGUCACUUCACCUCUCUGUGCCUCAGUUUCCUCAUCUACAAAAUGGGGGUAAUACGCCAUCUACCUACCUCACAGGGGUGGUAUGAAGAUUACAAAGAUAAAGCUCCAGAUUUUAUCCUGGGUUGCUAUAAGGGUACAAGGUCAGAGUCCUUCAGUUGCUGGGAUGCAACAAAUUGUAGAAACAACCCAUUCACGGCAUAGCUAGGAAACUGAUCAGCUGAAUGUUUCUGACAUGCUAAUUCUUGUCAAUGAAGCUACCCCACAAACUAUCCAACUAUCCUGGUUGUUAAAAGCUGCCAGCUCCAUCUCUUUUAAAACCCUCUCAAAGUAAGUUAGAAAUAUCUGAUUUACAAUUUGAUCUGAAUUCUGCAUUAGGAUUUAUGAAUACAAAGUGCAAAGAGAGAAAGGAAAAGAAAAAAAGAAAAACGAAAAGACUUCCACCGGUGAAAGAGCGACUACUCCAUCUUAGCACUCAUUGACUCUUCCAGGCAGUUACUAGUAAUCUAGUAAUACUUCUUGUAAUAUUAUAAAUGAUACUCUAUUCAUUUUAAACAAUAUAGCUAGCUAUUCCUUCUCUUUGGGCAAUCUAAAAAAAUGGCUUAAGAUUUCAAAUAUUGAAAUAAUAUCUAAUUCUAAAAAAAUCACAAAAUCACUUUCUUCAAUAAAUUUUGCUCUCAUCCUUAGCUAUAUUUAUAUAUACUUUUUAAAAAAAAUUUUGUUAAAAUAUAUUUGACUAGAGUUGCUAGUGGAGAGGCAAAAUUUUCCUUUAGAACUAGAAAUUUUCCUUUAUGUCUGCUUACAAGAGUGACCUCUGGCCCUCUGCAGGUGCACCUUAUCCAUUCAACUGAUAUCAGGAAAAUCCAACAGUAAGGACAGGCCCAUGGUGACCUAGAAAACGUUUCUCAUCUACAUAUUAAGAUUUUCUUAUUAGAAAAAUGAAUCAUCCAUCAUUCAGAUGUUUUUAUCUGCCUUCAAACUUUUUGGUGAAAAGCAACAAGGCUUGAUUACUUCAUGCAAAUUAUAUUUCUUUAUUCUUGAAAAUUGUACAUGGAAAACAAAAAUAGCAUCUCUUUUCUUCCCACUAGUUUUCUUCCCACUGGUUCACCUCAAGGUUCAAAAACGAGAAAAAGUCUAAGACUUCCUGGAUCUUCAAAUAUAUGCAAAAAGAAGCCCUAUAUAGUGGGUACCCCUGCUAAGCCAAUAAGCGCUUAAAUCCUCAGACCCUCAGCAUUACUUGAAUUGAGCACCUCUGACAUGCUGAGCAAUGUCGUGAUCACUAUAGACAAAUGUAAAAGAAACUGGAAGUCAUUUUUACCCUUUAUCUGUUUUCAAACAGACGUGUUCUGUGGAUUUAGAUGCUGGACCUCUCUUCCCAAAAUGGCACUUCUGGUUCUUAUUUCUUGUUCUUCAUGUAUACCUUUUAAAAUUACUGUCUCCCAGCAACACGUUACAUGCAAUCCUCUGCAGACCUAUGGGUUUCCAGAUGCAGUUGGAUAUGGCAAUUCUAAGAGUGUCUAUGACUUAUUUGAUUCACUUAAUAAUUCUAUUCACAGCCAAAACUACCCUAGUGAGGAAAGCUUAAAUAUGCAAUACCAUAUCUUUCUUAAUUUUUUCUGACACAUAAUUCUCUCCAACUGUAUCAUAAGUCAAUGAAUUAAAAAUUAACUAAUUUUACUAACUCACUGUCCUAUUUUUAAAUUAAAUAAAACUAGAAGACAAAUCAAUGUAAAACUUCAAAAGUCAGUUGAUCUCCACACUGCCGCAGAAUGACCCGGGAUCGAUAAAAAGGAGCACCUAAAACUUCACAUCUCAAAACUUUUAUAAGCUUUGCUUUGGAUUUUUCAAAUGAGGCAAUUUCAAAAUGUUUAUGAAAUAGCUUAUAAAUAUCAGUAAGCAUGAGCUUUCAGCUUACAAGCUUAGUUCUAUUUUAACUGACAAUACUGAAUACCUGGAACAAAUUUCUGUUCCCAGUUCUCCCAAAUAAUUUAACAGUAUCUUUUGAACACUUUAAGAUGAGGAGGCUCCACUGAAAAAGUUAAGGUAUCCUUCCAUCAGAAUCCACUCUUCUAGAAAUAAAGAAAAACUUGUAACACUCCCCCAUGCAUGCACGUGCACGUGCACACAUGCACACAAUCUAAGAGUCCAGUGGAAUACUGAGAAGAAAUCACUUCCUUGAAAAAGCUUAUUGGGAAAAAAAAAAAUGCCUGGCCUCCCUUGAGAAUCCAUCCCCUCCUUGGAAUGUCAAUGUUUGUGUAGAUGAAACCAUCUCAUGCACUGUGGCUCCAGGGUUUCUGUUCCUAGUUUAUGCACUUGGGAGACUGCUUAAAUGAAAGAUGUAGCACAUUUUGCUUUCCCAUUUAUUGUUUGGCCAGCUAUGCCAAUGUGGUGCUAUUGUUUCUUUAAGAAAGUACUUGACUAAAAAAAAAAAAAAAAAAAAAGAAAAAAAAGAAAAAAAGAAAGCAUAGACAUAUUUUUUUAAAGUAUGAAAACAACAAUUCUAUAGAUAGAUGGCUUAAUAAAAUAGCAUGAGGUCUAGUCACCACCACCUUUCAACUUUUUAUCACUCACAAGUAGUGUACUGUUCACCAAAUUGUGAGUUUGGGGGUGUAGGGACAGAAGAUGGAAUUUUUGUAAAGUUAGAAGGCUCUGUUUUUCGCUGGCUCUCAAACUCGGCAAAAUUAGCAAUACUAAGUUAUCCAAUCGGAACACCUCGAUCAAGAGCAUAGAGUAUACAUGGGGAAAAAAAAAGACCUUAUAGGCAACUGGCAGAACAAAACAUGAUAAAGUUACUUAUUGAUUUUUGUGCCCUCUGCUCUAAAACAGAUAUUCAGCAAGGGGAGAAAAUAAAAACAAAGAGAAAAAAAUGCAUAGAUUAAAUCUGCUAAAAAUAGCUUCUGCCACAUCCCCCUUAAGUCAUUCUUUGGCAUUUACUGGUUUAUAGAAGAUACUCACCCUUCAUCUAAACAUCUCAAAGAGCAGUAGCUCUCAUAAAAAGCAAUCACUGAUCUCAUUGGGAAGUGAUGGAAAGUAUUUCCUUAUGAGAUGGGGGUUAUCUACUGAUAAGGAAAGAGAAGAAUUUAUGAGAAAUCGUUGAAAGAGAUGGCUAACAAUCUGUGAAGAUUUUUUUGUUUGUUUUUGUUUUUGGGGUUUUUUUGUUUUUGUUUUUUACUUUAUACAGUCUUUAUGAAUAUCUUAAUGUUCAAAAUGACUUGGUUCUUUCUUCUUUUUUUAUAUUGGAAUGAGGGAUGAUAAGUUAAACCCACAUAGACUCUUUAAAACUAUAGGCUAGAUAGAAGUGUAUGUUUGACUUGUUGAAGCUAUAAUCAGACUAUUUAAAAUGUUUUUGCUAUUUUUUAAUCUUAAAAGAGUGUACUAAUUUAUUAGAGACAGAUCCUGUUUGGCUCUCUUCAUAAGAAAGAGCAUUCCCACUCAAAUCACCUGGGCUUUCGUACCAAUGUUUUCAAAAGAUAAAUCUGAUUUAUCCAUUAUGGCAUCAUUUAUUUAAAAAAUUUUAAUAGAAGAAUUGUAAUUCUUUAUGCCCCUCUCUCGCAAUGAUCAUGAAGUUCAGAAUAUGAAGGGGCAAAAACAAGAAGAAAAUUUUGUUGAUUCUUUGUUUUUUAUUUGUUUCAAUGCUAGUGUUUAAUCCUAUAGUACAUAUUUGCUUAUUGCUAUUUUAAUAUUCUAAAAGACUUUCCUGUUAGGUGUUAGAAACUGAUACAUAGAUAUCUUCUUUGUGUGAUUUCUAUUGGAAAAAAAAAAAGGAGAUGAGAGGACUGUCUGAAGCUUUAAAGUGCAUAUGGUACAGGAUAAAGAUACCAAUUGAAAUAACCAAGUACUAUCUAGAACAAUACUUUUUUUGGGAAACCUCUCAUAGAUAAGACAGAGGCCCAGGGAAUUUUUGAAACUGUCUCCAUUCCUCCCAGUCCUUAUUCAUUUGGUAUUUGCCUCAAAAUUUUAUAGAGGGUGACCAAGCUGACACCCUAGAACUAAAGGGACCUUUUAAAAAAAAAUUCCACAAUGUCCCUCCUAAUUUAUUAUACAUUGAUCUUAAACAUGGUCCCUCUAUCUCCCCAUUCUUCAGCUGUCAUUGUUAGGGUCUUUGAAGGAAAAAAAAGUGUUAAUUUUAAAAGGGGAACACAAAAGUCCAAAUGUUACUGCCCAAUUGAAAUGUGAGUUAAGAUGGAGAUAGUUUCUCCUACUUAAUCCCUGCUAAAUCACCUGAAACCUUCAGAAUGACCUUUUGCAAGCCUUAGAAUCUGUCUUUUGUUUAAUUGCCCAGGCCUAGGGCAUCCUAAAAGUAAACAUUAUUCAUUUUCUUUUGCCCAAAAUGCACUGAUGUAAAAGUAGGAAAAAUAAAAACAAUAGUCAAAAAUCCCUUCCAAGUUACCCACUGGCCCCAUUUACCUACCCAGAGCAAAGUCACUUCUUUUAAUCCCUUAAUCUGAUUUUGUUUGGAUAUUUAUCUUGUACCUGCUGCUAAACACACUGCAGGAGGGACUCUGAAACCUUGAACUGUCUACUCACAUCUCUUAUCUGUGUCUGUGUAUCAUUAAAAUGUCUGUUCAAAAUAUUAAAAACUUUCAAACACCAUGCAGCUUGUAUUCAGUUUACAUAAAGGCCCCAAAUACCAUGUCAGAUCUCUUGUUACUGAGAGAGUUAAUGAACUAUGAGAACUGGGAUUACAUCAUGUGUUUUGCUUCGUAUGGUUUUAUCACACUUACAGGCCAAGUGUGAUAAGUGCACUUAGAGACACUGAAUUUUUCCCUGCUACUUUGAAACCGGAAAUAAUGAUUGGUCAUUCGUUAUAUCUGUCUUAGUUCAAAAGCAUAUUUUUUAUUAAAUUAACUCUGAUUGUAUUUGAAAUCAUUAUUCAUUUAUGGCAGAGGAAUAUCAAUCCUAAUGACUUCUAAAACUGUAACUAACUGAAUCAUUAUCUUACAUUUACUGUUAAGUAAGCAUAUUUGGAAAAAUGUAUGGCUAGAGCGUCAUAAUAAAAUGAUAUAUCUUUCUUUAGUAACUACAUUAAAAUUAAUCAUGUUUGAUUAA